AUUAAAGCAGCAGCGGUGUUUUCCAGGUCGUUAUGGCUCUCAGGGUGUGCGGGGUUUUGUUCAGAGACUUAUCCGUCCUCUCCCGGCGGCUCGUCGUGUCUGCUCCGCAGGAGAGUGCGUCAUGCUUUCUCACAGCGGGAAACGCUGCCUGCAGCCGAGGCAGGAGGAAUGGCUUCAUCUUCACUCCUGCUUGUUUUAUUACAUCCGAAGCAUUUCUCAGCAGACUGAUAAAAGGCAAAGCAAAAGCAGAUGGCAGCAUUGAUCACCUCCCAGCCUUGGUUCUCUCUGAUAACAGUGAGCAGUUAUCUUUGUUAAUGAGAUAUCCAGAUCAGCCGCCUGACUCAAAGGUUUUAAAAGUGGCUAUAAUUGGUGCUCCAAAUGCUGGAAAGUCCACGUUAUCCAAUCAGCUCCUUGGCAGAAAAGUGUUUGCUGUGUCCAAAAAAGUCCACACUACGCGGUCUCGUGCACUGGGCGUCCUAACGAUGAACGACACUCAGAUUAUUUUGCUGGACACUCCUGGUCUCACCACCCUAUCAAAGGUCAAAAGACACCACCUGGAGAAAUCUUUACUUGUGGAUCCUUGGAACACUGUCAGAGAAGCUGACCUAAUUGUAGUCAUGGUGGACUUGUCGGACAGAUGGACGUGCAACAGGCUCGACUUCGAGGUGCUGAAGUGUCUGACUGAGUACUCGCACAUCCCGGCAAUCCUAGUUCUUAAUAAGGUGGACCUGGUGAAGGACAAGGAAAAGCUGCUGGACAUCACAGCACAACUGACAUGUGGAGUGGUGAACGGACACAAAAUACGAGUCAGGCCGGUGAUCAAGCCUCCGUGGGCUGACAAAAGACCUGAGAGGAACUUGAAGGUGUCUCUGGAUGAGGACGCUUCAGUUGCUGAGGACCAUGGGGAGUCGGGUUCUGUGCUGAGCAAAGAGCAGCUGAAGGACCUGAGCAAACAGCUGGGUUGGUCUCGCUUUAAGGACGUCUUCAUGCUGUCUUCUGUGGACAAGGAGGACGUGGACACACUGAAGAGCUACUUUCUGGUGGCAGCUAAGCCGGGACCGUGGCGGUACCACAGUGAGGUCCUUACUGACCAGAGCCCAGAGGAAGUCUGCACCAAUACCAUCAGAGAAAAGCUUCUGGAGUAUCUGCCGCAGGAAGUGCCCUAUUCUAUAACACAGUCUGUUGAAGUUUGGCAAGAUGGAGAAAAUGAGCAGCUUGAUAUUUCUGUUAAACUUUACAUCACCAAAGAAAGUCACAUGAAGAUGGUGAUCGGCAAAAAAGGCCAAAUGAUAGCUCAGAUCGCCAAAGAGGCAAGCGAGGACCUCUGCCAGCUCUACCUGAGGGAAGUGAGGCUCAAGCUCUCUGCUAAGAUGAAAAGGUGAAGAUGGAGGAACCAGCUGAGGAAAAUCCAGAGAACCCUGUCAGAUUAGUAAUGACUGUUUCUGUAGCGUUGUCUUCAGUCUGUAAACACCAUGAUCCUCUUUAUGUGAAGGACAUUGGCUCUUAGCUAAUGUCAUCUUCUCUUUAUGCAGCCAUUAUUUAACAGUUUCCAUGUAAAUAUGUGACGGACAGGAUGCUGUUCUUUAAACGGGGGGUGCUUAAAGUUCAUGCGGACCACAGGCUGAUCUAAACGUUCAAGUUUCUCCUUAUCUUUGGUAACAAACACGGCAGACUCAUCAAAUGGAUGUUUUGACGCAGGUUUGACGGCGUGUUCACGGCUCAGUGGGUUUGGCAAGUUGUGAAAAGGCAGACGUUUUAUCUUUGGCUCUCAGAGCUCUUUUUUUUAUUUUAUUUUUUAACUUGGCCAGUACCAACAAACGUAGAUAAACUGGAGUGAGACCUGCAGUCAUAUUCUCUCAGAUGUCCCUGAUGGACCAUCCAGCCCUGUUCUUUCCACUUCUCCCACUGCCUUUUAAAGUGCAACCAUCCAUCCCAGCGACUUUCACUUUUUUAUUCUGCUGCCUCCCCCAGGUCCCUCUGCUCUUUUGGCUUUCAUAAAGCUCAGCUCUUCCCCCGAGGACUGCAUUGUCCUCUAAUGGACGGAGAAGUGGAGCACUAACCUGAUGCUAAAAGGGGACAGAUAAUGGUGAUUAGAUUCAUCCCUGCUGCCUGUGGGUUAAAUCAACAGUUGUUCUAUCUGGCCUUCUUUCUGAAUCACAAGACGGUGACCUAAAAUAAAGGGGGGGGGGGGUCUCAGAGAUUGUUUGCCCCUUAAGCUCUUCCUGCUCUUCUAACUGCUGCUACUCUGAUUGGAUGAGCCAGUUCCAUCACAAAGAUGUUUGCUCAAACUGGUUAAAAUAAAGCUUGUGUCUUAAAAGUUGUCCCUUCAACAGAAACUCUUAAUGUUUAUAAAAUUUAAAAAAGACCCUC